AUGUUCUCAAGGCCUGUGACCGAUGCCGAGUUAAGAAGUCCAAGUGCGAUGGCAACCAGCCUUGUGGUAGAUGCUUGGCAUACAACCAAUACUGCGUUUGUAGAAAUGCUCAUUUCACAGCACGCCGUUCAUCUCCAGGCCCUUCAGGACUUGUACAGGCGCUGUGUAAGCUGUGAAGGGCUUCCGGGCUCAACCCUAGAGGACCCGGUCCACGGUCUUCCCGGAACGCAUGCAAUUCUAGACCAACUGGGUCUGAUCAAACACGCUGAAGAAAUGACCGAAGACCCCCAGGCAGUUCUUGCAGACAUUAUAGACUAUUUGAAGUCUCUGGAAACUGCUUCGGACGGCCUUGAUUCGGCGGAAUCCACAGAGCCCAGCGAGGCCACCCAGUCUGGCGGCCCAUCUCCAGAACCCAGUACCCCAAGAGAGCUUCCAGAAGCUUCCGAGCCUUCUAUUGCAGACAAAUGGAGCGGAUCAACCGACAAUUACUAUCAGUACCAGGGUCUUGAUAGCCACAAAUCUGCGGCGCAACCCCAUCACCACCAUCAUCACCACCACCAACAACAACAACAACACUCAAGCCUUACCCCCUCAAUGGGCUCUUUUCCCUAUCAGGACCAUGUUGGCCAUUCACACCUGCUUGAACCCAGCAGCACCCAGCAGCCACGAUACGGACCAGUCGACACCUGCUGCCAAGACAACGAGCUGCCCAGUGAGGCAAUGUGGUCGCUGCCUUAUCAUCAUCAUAUGCCUGGGUUCCUUCCAUAUGGAAAUAGAGAACAUCUCAUGACUAUAGAGCAGGACACCUACUCCGGGAUGUCCCAGUACGGAAAUGGCUUUUACGGCACGUAUCUGCAGAGGUGA